CUAAGGGUGGCAGUCCAGAAGGGGGGCUUGUUGGCGGGGAGCGACCUCAGUCUUCUUGGCAGCGGAUCCACGCUGUACUGGCGCCCGUCGCUGGUCUUGACCCGCCACCCUGCCGCGUUUGUCCACAGCUUGCUCAGCUGGAAGGGGCAGUUCAGUGGCGGGGACCUUCAUGAGCUGGCCCUCGAUGGUCCCCUCGAGGCCGUCAGGGCGGAUCACAACAGCCACCGAGUCGCCAAAAGUGGCCUGCUUGGCGAAGACUUCACCGUCCUCCUCCACCAAGGCGACGGUGGUUGCCGUUGUGGAGCCCUUCGGGCCGUGCACGCCGCCAGCAUCACCGCCCUCGCUUUGGUGUGGCGGCCGCUGCUCUCGUCCGCUGAUCGGUCCUCGCGCCGGGACAUCAGAUAGCGGGCGAUGUCCCAUUCAGGCAAGUCCUCCUUGAGCGUGAUGGUGUUGACGUUCAUGAAGAACGCUUGAUGUCUGUUCUUGGGGAGCAACGCAGACGAUUCAUCUUGGUUUGACGAAGCGAUUUCGUCAUUCGAAG